AUGAACCUUUCCUUAUUGAACGCUCCAUCUUUCUUGGUGAAGGACCAACGUUUACACUGGACCACCUUCUACACUGGACCACCGUCUACACUGGACCACCGUCUACACUGGACCACCGUCUACACUGGACCACCUUCUACACUGGACCACCGUCUACACUGGACCACCUUCUACACUGGACCACCUUCUACACUGGACCACCUUCUACACUGGACCAUCGUCUACACUGGACCACCUUCUACACUAAACCAUCUCCUUGUCAAAGUUGCAGGCUUCAGGAGCAACAGACUGAAGGUGGCUCUGGACCACCGGGGGCAGGGGUUAGGGUUUGGGACCCCCACCGCCGUCAGUAUCAUCUCAGCAGUGCAGCAGCAGGACUACUCAGCCAGUGUUUGGCUGCGCAGACGGGACAAACUGGAGCAUCUUUGGGGCGCUUAA